AUGUCUUAUACACCAGCUCAGCGCGAGUCGCUCGAACAACUAUGGGCUAUAACAGCUUCAGAUACAGGUCCUGCCAGAGAGAGGGAUGAGAGAUUACUUCGAGAGAGUGGUUGGGAUGUUCAACGCACUGUAGAUUUCAUCUUCUCAAUGGGAUCAACAACUUCAGGAAGACCUGCAGGUCCAUCUCGUCCACCACCUCCUUCCUUCGAACCUUUCGAGAUAGAUGAUAGGAUCACCAAUAUCAACAUACCCCGAGGUGCACGACGUCUUUCAGGUUCAAGAUCUCAAGGUGGGAGUGCAUCUACUCAAACCGGAUUGGGAUUAUGGGGUUUGAUCACUUGGCCAUUGACCACUUUGGCCAGUUUGGUAGGAGGAGUUUGGUAUUUCUUCAUCCGAACAUUCAUCCCUCUAUCAUUUCUCCCAAGACUACCUCGUUUCCUCCGUCCUCCAUCUUCCCGCUCUCGACCUUCGAAACCCGCCCCACAAGAUCCUAUCACUACCUCCCUAGCCUUCAUCAAAGAUCUCGAAACAUUGACAAGUUGCUCAGUCGCUUCGGGAACCUUACCCUCCUUCCGGACGAUAUCAUAUCGUGACUUUGUGACCGAGGUGCGGAUGCAAGGUAAAGUCGGUUUGGUCAUUCUCGUUUGUGAGGAACAUGAAGAUGAUGAAGAAUUCAAGAAAGAUGUUUUGUGCGAUGGGGAAUUGAUUAAGACUUUGAAGGAGAAUGGGAUCAUGGUGUGGGGAGCGGAUAUUCGAAGUAGGGAAGGUUAUCAAGUCGCUCAAACCCUACAAGCCACAACCUACCCUACUCUCACUUUCCUAUCCCUUCUUCCCGGAGGUCCUUCAUCAUCUGCACCAAGACUAUCCAUCCUCUCUACCCUCGCCGGUCCUCCAUCCACCAAUACAUCCGCCUCUUCCAUCAUCCAAGCACUAACCACCUCUAUCCUCCCUCGAGUCUCUGCUUUCCUCUCUCGUCGUCGAAGAGAACAUCUGGCUCUUGAAGAAGCCCGUCAUUUACGAGAAGAACAAGAUCGUAAUUUCCGUGAAGCCGAAAAACGUGAUCGUGAUCGUCUCUUAGCUCAACGACAAGCUCAAGAAACUGAACGUCUUAGGAUAGAACGUGAAGUUCGUUUAGAGAAAGAAGCUGAACAAGCCAAAGUUAAUCGGACAAUAUGGAGAAGAUACGCAAGAAAACAUCUUUUACCUACUUCUUCCGGUCCCAUACGAGUUGCUUUACGUACACCAUUAGGAGCGGAAAGACAUAUGCGUCAAUUUGAAACAUCAGAUUCGACGGAAGCUUUGUUUAUAUUUGCGGAAACUUUACUCAUACCUUCUGAUCAAAGAGAAGAGGAUGAUCCGGAUUCACCUCCGGAAGGGUUCAUACCACCUCAAGACUUUAGGAUCGUUACUAAUUAUCCUAGGAAAGAGGUUGAACGUACUUCGGUAGGAGGAAAGAUAGCAUGGGAAGCUGUGAAAGAAGCAGGAGGAGCUUUGUUUGCUGAAAAGAUUGAAGAGGGUCAUUGGGCUGAAGAAGAAUUGAAAGCUUUGAGAGGUGAGGAAAGUGAUGAAGAGGAAGCGGACGAUUGA